CGUACUGCGGAGUGGCCUACCCAGAGUCUCGCAGGCGCCAAGCUCUCAUAAUUUGCCGAAUGAACCUGUGAAAAACGCACGUACUUUCUGGACGAUCCCUAGACGGCACCGUUUGAUCAGCUGGGACCUUCCCCCUGCAGGCAGGUGGUGCAUCAAGCCAGUUAUGUCAGUCAAGUAGUAAUUCAGGAUGAACACGGUCUUCUCAACAGUCUUGAUUCUGCUAGCGACAGCCGCCCCGGGCAUCGCAAAGCGCCAGGGCCGCAGCGACAGCGGCCGCUCCAUGCUGACCAGCGACGAGGAGACCAGCAUCCCGGAUCAGUUAGAGGCUGAGAGGGGGAUGGGACCAGGCUUGGCACCCUGGCCAGCGCAGGCGCGACUCGCCGCGGAGGAGGAAUUUCGCAAGCUCAACCUCUUCCUCAUGUCGUGCAGGUCGCGGUUCGUCGAGGCUCUCCGGCGGGCAGGGCCCGAAGCGGAGCAUGUAGCGAACCUGGCCGUAACAGCUGGCCGCGACUUUUUGGAGCGUGAACUCGAAAUAGCCCUCGCAGAGAUCCCCUCUGACAACGGAGACGCUGACCCGGAGAUCGUGGCAAUAAAGGCCAGUCUGGACGCCGGUCAGCGGUACCCUGCGGGAGACGUGCUGGAGGAGCGUUGGAAGCGGCUCGUGAGAAUGUCCAGGACGCAGCCGGACGAGAGCGUCCAACUAAUCAGGCAGAUCUUCCAGAGUAACAGCGGAAGUCUGCAGCUCGUCGUGGAGCGAGUUCUUUCCGGCGAGGAUCCUAGGGUGUCGUGGGUUCGAGUACCGAAGGAGGCCAGGACGACGGUCAGCCAAUUUGCGAGUUGCCUUAGACACCGGCUAUCGCCAAGGCAGACCUCUAAUGGCGUCAUUCUGAGCAGAGUGUAAAACCAUAUAGCUAUACGGGGCGAGACGGAAGCGAAAUGAACGGGAUUGCUAAAAGAUUGAA